AUGGAAGCCCUUGACAGAAUCCUUGAGAAGGCUACAGACCCGACGUCGGGCAUCCUACAUGGUACUGUUUUCAUCGCCGUCGACAGAUCAGCUAAGAUACCAGGCGAAACAAUCUAUGCGCGCGCAUCCGGUGUGGAUAGCGUCGCAACUGGCGCAGAAGCAAGCCCAAAACCGCUCCAGCUAAAUUCGCUGUACUGGGUCGCGUCGAUGACGAAGCUCGUCACGGCUGUUGCGGCUGCACAGUUAAUUGAAAGGAAAAUUUUGGAUUUGGACAUGGAUGUCAGGAAGUACGUGAAAGAGCUGGAGGGAGUCUCAGGGAAGAACAGCGCACACUUUUUGCGGGAGUAUGGUAUUUCAGCCCUGUUUCGUCCCAAAUCCACCUUGCUUGCAGGGUCCGGAGCUGAUGGUGCUGAGCAGGAAGGCUAUACACAUCCCCUUCUCUUUCAACCAGGGACAUCGUGGGGAUAUGGAGCUGGCCUUGACUGGGCCGGGGUGUUGGGUCUACUCAAGAUUGAGCGCGUAACAGGGGUCCGACUGUCAACAUACAUAGAAGAUAAUAUCUUCUCUAGACUCGACGCAUCAUGCACAUCGUUUCUGCAUCCUAAUCAACAACCCCAGGAUAAGACGCCGCCUCCGCUCCUGGAAAUGGCCUACCGCACCACCCCCAGCCCCAGCAACCGCAACAGCAAAGCGACCAAUUCCUCAUUCACCACUCCCAACCCCGUAUUGAAGCCAAUACCAUUCUUGCAGGCAGGCCCCAUCAUUCUCACGUAUCCGCUCUCCCACGAUCUCGGCGGAAUCGGCCUCUUCAGCACGCCCGCCGAUUUUGCAUCGCUUUUGGCAUCUCUCCUCCGUGAUGGUGACCGUCUAUUCGCCAGAGGAAAAGACAGUACGGAUCUCCUCUUAGCGCCGCAGUUAUUCUCUGAAUAUCCCAAGGCAGGGAUUGCGCUUCCAGCCGGCCUGGGCAGGCAGAUGAAGAGGAUUUUCGGGGUCGGAGUCGACGCCAGGUAUAGCACAGUAAAACAACCGGUAGAACAACCGGAAUGGAUCGACCGCAAAUCAGGUAUAGCAGCAGCGCUGUUUACGCAGCUGAUGCCGCCGUCCGAUGAGAAGGUUACAGGGCUUUUGAUCUCUCUUGAGGAGGCGCUUUAUGCUGCCGUUGGAAAUAGAGAAGGGAGUAUGGAUCAGACGGUUGAUCGGGGAUUCCCACACCGAUGUCUCUUCACCAUAAUCUUGUACCCACCGCGAAUCACCACUGGCAGUAUCUCCACAGGCAACCAAGUAGCUGCAGAGUUAGGAUGA